UAGUGUGCCCGGUUUCAGUUUGCCUUUAUUCCAAAACACAGUUUUUGUUUUAAUUUCAUUUCCUCGCGGUUUUUUCAUUUCUAUAAGAAUGUCGCUUACGGAUUGCUUUGAACUAAAUAAAGCAAAGCUCUUCGAGAAGAUCCGCCAUGGGUUGCCCAUCGUGCAGAAGACGCAGAAUCUGCUGGACUGCAAGGACGACCUGCUUUUCGCCUGGGACGCAAAAGACUGCUGUUUGCUGGUGCGCAAUUGGCGGACGCCGUUGACGGAGGCGGCGGGUGCCAAACUUGCCGGUGUUCAGUUUCAGACACUGAUUCCCUCCAACACUGUAAGCCUGGACGUGGACCGGGUACUAGUCUCCAACGAGGGCUCCCUGGUGGCGCUCAGUGGCGAGCAUGGCGUUUGUGUUCUGGAGCUGCCGCGGCGCUGGGGACAGGAUGGUUACUACAAGGAUGGAAAGGAGCGGAUCACUUGCCGGAGCUUUAGCCUUGAUAGUCAGCUUUUUCUGAGCAGCCCACAACUGGAGGUGCGUCAAGUCCGCUGGCACCCGCACUCUGUGUCUGACUCCACUCUACUCGUCUUGUUGAAUAACAACACUAUUCGGGUGUAUAAUCACUCCAAGCUACGCCAUGUUUGGCAAGUGGGUCCAUCGAUUUUGCGUGCCGGUGGCAACAGCUCCCUCACAGAUUUUGGCGAAGUGGCUGUGGACUUCGAUGUAGCCCCUGCGGGCAAACCCAAGGAGUCUGAGCCUCUGGAGGAUAAAAACAAUACCUUAAACCAAAACAACAAAAGCUUGCAAAACAAAAAAUGCAACGUAAAUCAGGAAAAGAUUGAGUGGCCUGUGAUUGUGCUGCGUGAAAAUGGUAACAUAUACGUCCUCCUGACUGGUCUAGACUCGGAAAUGACCCGCCUACAGGGUCCCAUAACUAUUACGCCUCAGGUCCAAGACAACUACGGGCUGGAAUCCUGUGCCCUUAUGGUUAUUCCGUCCUUACCACCAACCAUUGUUAUAGCCGAAUCGAAUGGAAAGAUUCAUCAUGCUUUGCUUAUGGAAGCGGAGGCCACAGAGCACUCCUUCAGCGAAGUGGACGAUUUUCUUCUUAUAGAACCUUCCCAAUACGUUAUUCACGUUCUGGAAACUGUUAAGCUUGAGCUUGGUUUGGCUGCACCAUCCCGUAAAGGUGUCGAAAAUCCUAUAUAUCUGAAGAGGGAUCUGAUCAACGAGCUGCGCUACUUUGCCUACCACGAUGCCGGUCUGCACGUGGUGUCCGUAAGCUUUAUAGCUGAGUUGCAACGCUACUUGGAGAGCGAGUCUCAAGAGGACCGUCUGGAAAUGGCUGCCUCUUCCAGCGCCGAGUACAUAUUGUGCACCAAGUUCGAGUCCAGUGACCGUGUGAACCCAGUCUUUGGAAUAGCCCUGCUGCAAAUGCCUGCUGGUGUGGUUCUUUUGCUUGGCAGUGGCCAGGUGAUUAGCUUAAAGCUGGUCAUCGAUGCAAAGCUACUAGUAACGCCUAGUGAGAGCAAAGCAAUUAAUGUGGACUCCGAUCUGCCGGACUGCGGAACUACCUUUGUGGAUACCAUCAAGUCGCUGCUACAGCGGAGUGUCAACCAACCCAUUCUGGCGGAUAAACUUGUCGCGCCAUCCGCCACCGAGAGCUAUGAGCUGCUCAACCAGGCCAUCGAGGUGCUGAGGGAGCAGUAUUUGAAAAGACACGACCUGGUCAGGGCUGCCUUUGCCCGUCAUAUUAACCAAAUUCAACUAAAGAGGGAUCAGCAGCUGCAAGAGAUUCAGGAUCUGGAGCAGGAGCGUGAGCUGAUCAGCGAGCGGGCGCACAAGCUGGCUGAGAGGUUCGAGGAGAUUAGCGACAACCAGGAAGUGCUCGUUCGCAAGUGCCACGCUCUGAUGCAGAAGGCCAACGUUGCACUGCCCAGCAAUGUGGUAGCGGAACGGGAUUUCAUCCAGGAGGUGAACCGUCUUAACAGUGUCACCCAGAUCCUAGCCACUGGACUGCAGACCGCCAAGAAUACGAUAAACAAACAGCGAUAUCACAUCGCCAAAAGCCAGGAUGAUCUCAAGCGCAACGCCUACGAGCUGCCGGAGAAGCAGCAUCGCACCAUAACAGAGAUUCUCACCCAGCUCGCGAGCGAGAUCGACCGCCAGAUCACCGACGUGAAGCGCAUCAAUAAAAUCGUUGGAGCUUAGAAGCUUUGGAAGUUGUGUGGUUUUAUUAAAUUUAUAAUCUAGCAGGAGCUCGAAAGAGGAAGCGUAUUAUUAAUAAACAUGUUGUCGAUUAAGUUUUAUA